UUUCAUUGAAAUCCCAUUGUUUUCUAUUGUUUAAUGAGCACUAUUUUGUACUAUUUAGUAAUUAGUGUUUCACGGAUUAAUUGUUUGCACUCCACAGAGACGUCCUCUACAGUAUGAACAAAAGCGUCAAAAACUUUGUAAAUAAUCUUUGAUGGGUUCCCUGUGGUAUAAUUUCAAAUCACUUUAGAAUUUUUAAAACUAUAAAGAAACUAAUUUAAACGCUUUUGAAGCUCUUUAAGAGAACAGUUGGCAACCUUUAAUUUAGUUAUCUUUGUUUUCAAUCUCAUAUCAACGGACAUAGCAACGAAUAUUUUGAGUUUUGCACAUUAUAUCUGUGUGGGUUGCCUUUGGUACGAUUGAAAUCGAGGCUACGAAGGGCGCCAUCUUUCAAAUCUCGGAGAAGAACUCCCUAUAGUUCUGUUAUUAUUUCAACUUCAAAGGCAAUUUUCAUACAAUUUUGCGCAGCUCUUUUGAAUUUCCAGUUAUAUAUGACUUCUAUAGGAAGUAUGGAUUGUAAUAGUUAAUUAAUAUGGCGUCUACGAAAGGAAAUUUCGCGGGCAAGAAGGAAUGGAUCUCUCCUCACAAGCUGUCGCUUCUCGUGCUCAUCAAAUCCUUGUGUAGAAAGAAUGAUGAAGAUUAUGAGUAUUCUGACUGUAUUUCUAGAUGUAGACAUAGUUUGUCGCUUCUACUUCUUGAAUUACUCCAGUCACCUGAUGUUGCUUUAAAUGAACUUUGUCAAAAACUAAAAUAUAUGGACGUGGAAAGAGAGCUGCAUUCUGCUUUAUUAUACUGGCUUCAGGAGGUGAUGGCCAAUGGAGUGUCAAGUAUCAUUGACUUCUUCCAAUCUUUGGAUGACUUGCUUUCUGGAAAAGAACCUUCACUACAAAAAACCAGUUUAUUUGGCCUAUUUGUGAGAAAGAUGAGCCUCUUGUUCCACAGAAUGACCUUCAGCCAGUUGACUUAUUUCCAGAAGUUGAUGCAAGAUUACCUAGAUGGCAUGAAGUGUCAAGAUGAGGAUCAGGAUGAAAGCAUGGAUAGCAUCAGGAGUUUAGAAACAGAACAAACAAUUAAUGAGAAAGGAGAGUUUAUGGUCAAGAUGAGUGCAUCAAGCAGACAAGUGGAGUUUUUCCUUGAAAAGCAGGCAUCUGCUAUUCAGUCAAAUGAAGGAGCUGCCCUUCCACCUGCAGAGCUACAGAAAAAAUUAUCUCAGAUGCUUGAAAAUUCUUCUGAUAUCACUGAAGCUCACUUUGUGAGCUAUCUCAACUGCCUUAGAUCUGGUGAGUUCAAACAAGCAGUAGAUAGUCUGUACCACUACUUUGACCAGCAACAAUGGAAUGCUACACCACAAGCCAAGGCACCAUCUGAAGUUAAUGAACUUGAAGAUGAAAGGUGUAGAAGAUUCAGAUAUGCUGCUCUGAACCUUGCAGCACUGCACUGCCGAUUUGGGCACAGGUCCGAAGCACUAGCCGCUCUGAAAGAAGCCAUUCAGAUAGCACAGGAAACUAAUGACCAUGUUUGCCUUGAACACUGUCUCGUUUGGCUGUACAGACUGGAGCAGGAGGGCAGCCAACAGGCGACAAUACUUCUGGACAGGUUUGUCUCCAGAGCAGCAGAACUCAAACUACCUUAUCUAACAUCACUGAGUAUGCUGACACAUGCAAGACAUGAUACGACUAUUGGUAUCCCACCACCAAAAGUGUUCCUUGCCAUGUUGCACAUCAAUGUYAUUAACUCCCAGAACUCAUUACAAGACCUGACAGCUGCGGCGCAUGCACAACAUGCUUCCAUAUGGCAGACAUAUGGAAAAUGCCAUGUUGCUAAUGUGUUCAGUCAAUUACAACUCAAUCAUAACAACCAAAAACAAAGUGUAUUGUCAACCAAUGAUGAACAAGAUAAUAAAGAUCUACACAAUGGAGAAGCUACUUGCCUGUCGUUGUGCAGUCUUGCUAAAAUACAUGCUGAUCAGGGUAUGUAUCAAGAGGCCUCAGAAAUAAUUAAGUUCUGUAAAGACCAAUUCCCUCAGCCAGUGGCUCUCUCUAAGUUGUGGAUGAGGACAGAAGCCAUCAUUGAUCAUAACAUAGCACUACAGAAAUGGCAACUAGAAGAAGCAGAAAAAGCUGUCCUAAAGUUGGCAGCAUUAGAUGAGACAGAGGCUUCUUACAGAUCUGCACUAAAUAUGAUCCAUAAAGGCAACACAGCUGAGGCAUUUCCACUUCUACAAAAGCUGUUACAAGAUUGCCGGAAGAAAACAAAAGUCAAUAUUGAUGAAGGCCAGAAGUCAAAAGCAGAACAUCAUACAAAUGUUUUGCUUGCUUUGUGUAAACUAUAUACAGUGUCAGGGAAUCCCCUUGCUGCCAUGCCUCAUCUCCUUGACUGCCUCACUCUUGCUUGUUCACAUUACUUGGACCACACGGCUGCUUUGGCCUCUUUGUGUAUUGGACACCUUCAGCUUCUUUUAGGUUUACCAGCCAAAGCACUUGUUCUUGUCAAGACUAGCAUGGUACAUCUUCUAUCGCAUGGUUCCCUGUACAUUCAGUGCUGUGCUCAAUUCCUUCUUGUACAGUGUCAACUUGCUGUGUCAUUGGCUUCUAACUCCUCCACAAUCAGAAAACAAGCUCUUCUAUCUACGCUACCAACUUUGGACAGUGUUCUCACUGGAUUUAGAAAGCUUGAAGCAAUGCAUAAAGUAAGAGAUGUCCUUUAUCAACAGGCUCAAAUGUAUGAUGAACUUGGGUACAYGGAUGCAAGAAACAGGUGUGCAACAGAAUGUUGCCAGAUUCUCAAGGAACAGAGCAAGUAUUCCUACUCCUCAUCAAUGUCUUGUUUCUAGCUAAGCAAUAUAUAAAUUAAAACAGCUUUUUUU